GUUUUUAUUAGAAACGAUUUAACGAAUGCAUAAAUUUUGUAGUUUACUUGUUUGUUUGAAUAAUAUUUGAUGCCAUCAUAGCAUAAUGUCUUCAUCCGACAAGAAAUCUUUUCGGAAUGUUACACAGAUGUUGUCAGAGAGUAACCAGGAUAUGAAUAACAUGCUGGAGAAUCUGACAAAGCUCAAGUCACUUUCAGAAGACGACAAGACAGAGGCGGCUAUGUUGAGAUCGAGAAUUGAUGAACAGGGACAGCUGAUCAUGAUCUUGAAGCAGCGUGCCGACGAUUCACAUUCUCGUAUGAAGACUGUCGACAGAAUUAACAAACAGCUCACUGAAUUUAGAGAACAAGCAACUGAACAGCUGGAGCAAGAAAUAAGAAAAUUUAAUAUUCUCGACCAGCGGUUUUAUGACCUUGCCUCGAACCAUGAAGAAAUGAUAAAGUUCAAGGACGAGUAUAAAAGAGUAAAUAAGGAGCUAAGAGAAGAGAAUGCCCGACUGCGUGAUGAAAAUGCUAAGUUGUUUUCUAAAGCCCUUCAGGAAAAAGAUCAGCAAAUUAACAACCUGGAGAGAAAGUGUUCUGCAAUUAAAGAACAAUAUACGGGUCUGGAACAACGUACCAGACAUCUUCAGCAAGAGUUACGGGAAAGAGAAGAGGGUCACAGAACCAGUAUGCAAAAACUGACAGACCAGCACCAAUCAGAAUUGAAAUCAUUACAGCACAAGUUAAAUGAUUCUGAAGAACGGUUGAAAAGUGUGACUCACAAGUUACAGAUGCUGACCAACAGUAACGAAAAUACUGUCACAGAGUCCAGUAGUAAAAUCGCCAUUCUCACCAAAGAAAGGGAUGAGUUGCUUGACCUUGUCAUGCAGAGAGGCAAAAUCAUCACGAAAGAACAAACUGAAAACAAGAAGCUGCAGAAGAAAGUUGAAGAGAUGGAAAAGGCGGUCAGAAAUAUGGAAGAUAAAUUUGAAAGAGAAGCUGCUUCUGUAAACUCCAACCUUCAAGUUCGCAAGUUGAAAGAUGAUUUAUAUACAACAAAUAAUAGAUAUGAUGAAAUGAUUAAGGAAUUUGAGGCUUUCAAGAAACAUUCCAAUGGACUGCUGCAGAAAGAGAAGGAGCUUAAUGAACGGUUGCGCCAUCUAGCUGGAUGAAAACGAACAUGCCACUGUUAAAGGGCCUUAAUUCUAUUAUCAUCAGUUGUGAUAUACAUCUAGACAUUAUCAAUGUUUGGAGCAUUGCUUUAAAUCAUUAAUAUAAAUUGCUAUGUAUUAUACUACUGCUAAAGUAUUCCAUUUUUGUCAGUCCAGUUUAUAGCAGGGAACAAUAUUUAGAAAUUUUACAUAACCAGAAGUUGGUUCAUGUGAUUGUUACCUACUAGGUAACUGAUUGUUCAAUUAAGUGAAUUAUAUUUGUGUAACCUAAUCAAUUAUUUCAAACAUGCAUUCAGAUUUGUUGUAUUCUGAAGUUUGUAACUUUUAAUUUGAGAAUGUAUAAUGGUUCACCACUAAAUGAUUGGAAGUUCACAUAAAUAUAAAUUUGCAUAACUGACGCAAAAACAGAACGAUGGUUUGCAUGAUAUUUUUCACUCUGUUGAAGGGUCUUGCCUUGCCAGUGUUGUUAAAAAAUGCCAGUAAUAUCACUGAGGUGUAUCUUUUGCCGAAAACCCCCAGGUUGAACACAGUUCAUUUGGUUUAGGUGAAAUCAAUAUAUUUGUAAUACAGUAGACACAAUUACAGAAGAUGCUAGCCAAUGAUUGGAUGUUGGGAUGUAUGGACCAGUCCAUUGUUUAAGGGGGAGGGAAAUACACAAAUGUUGAGUAUUUAUGGAAAGAGAAAGCACUUAAAGUUUUCUUCCUUUAUUAUUAUUUGUUACAUAAUAAAGUAAGGUUGUGCCCAGACCACAUUUAUUGCCAGACAGAAGCAGUGGCAAAGGCAAUCUUUGGCCAAAAAGUUGAUUUUGUAUAUAUUUUAAAUCACACCAAAGAUACAGUCCUUGUGAUUUAAAUAUAUUGACCAGCCUUAAAUGAAUUACUCAGGGCUAUAGAUUACAUCAAAGUCAAGGUGAUAAAUGCUGUGCCCAAAAUAAUCACACUCUAACAUGCUGACCUCAGAACAUUGCACUUUAAAAUAAUCACACUCUAACAUGCUGACCUCAGAACAUUGCACUUUAAAAUAAUCACACUCUAACAUGCUGACCUCAGAACAUUGCACUUUAAAACCACUAAAAUUUAAGAUAUAAUUAGAUUAAAAUAACUUGAAAUACAUUUUUAAAUAGCUAGUACAAUUCUGUAAUGCCAGAUGUUAAUAACAUUACUGUACCAAAAAACCUUGGUUUGCUCAGAACAGACCACAAACCUUCAUGUGACAAAUUGAUGAGAUCUAAAGUUCUAUCACUGAUAGAAUAAUAGUGCAUGUGUGUGUGGUUGUGUAUGUGUAUCGGUGUCUACAUUUAGUAAAAUAAGUAUACAAUAUCUGCUGUAGAUAAUCCUUAUAAAAUGUGUAUUUUGGUUUUCUGUCUUAGGUGCCUUAUAAAUGCAUUUCUGUGAUAAUUUGAACAAGCUUGUACCACUUUGUUUACAUAGCAUAGUUCUUAAGCUGCUGACUAUAGUUUUUAAUGAGGUGUAAAAUGCCUUUGCCUAUCACGUUUUUUUUACCAUUUACUUACAACUUUUUGCUUGAAUUAUCAGUUUGACAAGUCCAAUGUUUUAAUGGUUCAUCCUCAUAUGUAGUCAUUAAAACAUAUUUUGUACCAAACAGAAAAGAUAUGUAUUUCUUAAACUAGGACCUGUCAGUUUAAGUAGAUGACUUAAUACCAUCCAUAUUAUUGAGAUGUUUCAAACUGUUUUAUGUUUGAAAUAUUUGAACAGUUCAUUUUCAAAAUGCGAAAGAUGCCAUUUUCCACAUUUUGGAGUUAGCAGUGAUGAUAUACUGAUAGUAGUACAAUGAAACCCCUUUAAACAGACCACCAGUAAAUUGGAAUUCCAACAAAACAAAACAUUUUUUACAGUAAAUAUGAGUACAGAACUGAUCGUCUCUAAACCGUAUACUCCUUUAGACUGGAAUUUGUACUUGGUCCGGUUUAGAGGAGUAUCACUGUACAACUUAACAAUACGACAAUAAAGUUUACGGCAAAAUGUGAUGUAUGCCCAUUGAACAGGAUAUUAAAACUGUGCUUCGUAUGAUAAACUCUGUCAUGUUGCAACAAAACCUAAUAUUCCAUAAAAUGACAUGGAUAUAUUGUGCUUUGGAAAUGAACUCUUCAUUAUGUCGGGAGAUGUGUCUUCUUGUAGUUGUUGCUAGGAGCAAAUCAGAUGGUUAUUACUUCCGCAAAUAUAAUUUUAUUAGUGCUCCAUUGAUGUUACUGUUUUUUAUAUUGUUUAUACAACUUGCCAAAACCUUUGUACAGUAUCAGGGGCAUAGCCAGAAAAAUGUUAGCAUUACCGAGUGGGGGGAUUCGGGGAGCCUCUCCCCCGUGAACAUUUUGAAACUCGGGACGCCUGUAGAUGCAUUCUGAGCCUUUUCUGCGGCCUUUGUUUUCUAUCUUUUUUCGAGUCAAUUUUAAGAGGAUAUUUUAUAGAACAGUUACAGACAGCCUCAACCUAUCCCCGGAUUUUUUGGUACAACGCACAUGCAUACUGUGCGUAAUGAGCACUAUGCCUUUGAGUAUGAUAGUGGUUUUACAUGAUUAUUUGUAGAAAGAUACCAGUAUAUAAUCUUUUACUGAACUUUUCCAAACAUGUCUGUGUAAAGGUAAUAAAGUCAUGUAAAUAUAAUAUGAUAAUGCAUCAGAUAAAAAAAAAAAAAACCCUUAAUUAUUGUAAACCUUUUUUCUGAUACACUAUUCCUACAUUUCCCCCACAAAUGAUUGAAAGCCCAAUUCCUACAUUUCCCCCACAAAUGAUUGAAAGCCCAAUUCCUACAUUUUCCCCACAAAUGAUUGAAAGCCCAAUUUGUUACAUUUUUUUUGUACUGCAUAUUUUUUAAAAAUAAAAAACAAUACAGAUCAGUUUGUGUUUAUUACGUUAAAUAUGAGUUACGAGUUGAAACAAUCAAUUGAAUAAAUGUUUCUACCAAAGAGAUGAAGAACCAUUUCUGUAUGUUUUACCUUGGAAUAUAUAUAUCUUAAAUAAGUUUACUGGUGUUUAUUUUUUUGACAUGUUAAUGUGUAAUAUACUACAAUUACAAUAUGUAUUGUAACAAUCCAUUUGGAGUAACAAUCUAUUUGGAGUUACAUAUUGGUGUAGCCAUGACAAAACAAUUUACUAAUUUAUAUGCUUAUGUAUAUCAUAUAAUAUAUUUAAAUAUCUGACAUGCUAGUAUUAUCUUCCAAAUACUCAAGACAAAUUGUAGCAUGUUCUAUUGCUAUUUUAUCAUAUUUAUGAACAGCAAAUACUGCCAAAAAUAUUUUUUAAUUUUUGAAAACAUAUUUUAAAAACUUAUGCAAAGGCAGAAUAAUAGGCUAAUGUCCUUAUUAUGGUCAUCACCAGAAUACCAAAACUUUGUUAUUUUUGCAUAAAAGUCUGUUCAACAAUUGCAUAAGUCUCUAGGAGAGGGGAAUCAUGAGACGUUUUAUUAAAUCUUGUGGGAGAGGGGAGGUGUGUGUGUAUGCCAAGAAUUGCAUAGUAUUUUGUAAAACGUGUCAUUUUAAUUCUUAAAUCAAAUACAGGCAGUAAUGGUUAAUGUUUCUCUUACAGGUGUGUUUUUUUUAGUGUGUAAUUAUUAAUACACAAAGUAAUAAAUAAAUAAGAAAAACAAAACCCCAGUAAUGUUAUAUUAUGUUACAAGUUACAUCAUGGUGACAGUGAAAGGAGGAAAAGGUGUGUGGUAAGAGUUACAUUAUUUUUAGAGUUAGGGGUGAUCUUAGGCCAAACCAAAUAAAUUUCUGGUCACCAUGGUAAUUUUAUUUUAUUUCCCACGGUGUAAUGUCUAUUUUUGCCAAGCUUUUCUUGCUAUGAUGUAAAACUGCAUUUGGAGCCAAAAUUACAUCACACAUGAACUAGGACGUGCAUUCUGAUUUCAAUUUAAAUAUGUGCCUUAUUUACAAUAUCAAAUAUACCCACCUUUUCUCUGCAAUCCAUGCUAAAAAAAAAAAAUUAACCUGCAUUGAGGCAUUAAUUCUGGAACUUUGGUCUGAUCAGAAACUACUUUUUUUUAGUUUUGGUCUUAUCAUUACAAAAUAUAAUAUGAAGGAGGGUGUACAAUGUGGAUCAGAUUUUGCAUUUUGUUGAACGGGCCUUAACUGGGAUGAGAGUCGGGGAAAUUGCAUUUGGUUACAGCUCUGUAGUCCGAAGGUUCAGUGGUUUGAAGAUUCAACACUAACCCUAACACUAGGUUCAGUAGUCAGAAGGUUCAGUAGUCCAAAGGUUUAUAGACCUUACCCCGGACUAUUGAACCUUCGGACCAUUGAUCCUUCAGACUAUAGAGCGGUCCCCAUUGUAUUUUACUAUUCUUUAAAAGAUAUUUAAAGGUGCAGUCACUGCAGUGUCACAUUUAAUUUUGGAAAUGGGGAGUGCUACAUUAUAAUGGUACUUGAAACAAAUUGGUAUUUUUAUAAUUAAAAUAAUCAGAAACGGUUAAAAUAACCUGGACUAUGUUUUCACAUUCUUUAAAGAAGCAAUAGGAAAUAUAAUAUUAUCAUUGUAUAGUGAUUUUCUCUGACUCUAGAAUAAAUAUAUGAUUAUUACUGUUAUUCUUGUUUUAAUAUUCAGACUUGAAACUACAUGUAUUAAUAUUAUCGUACCAUAAUAACUAAAGUUGUCAUACAAAGAUCAGUAUUUUUCAAUAUAUUCUGUAAUUGUUUGUUAAUAAACAUACACAAAAUGUGGGAUAGCUUUAAAAGUCUAGAUAUGUGUAUUCUAAUUAUUAAUGUCACAAUGAUAGGAUUCAAUUAUUGGUUGUUGGGUUUUUUACCAAAUAUUUCUGUGAUAAUUGAUGAUUCCAAAAAUUGAAGUAAUACAUCUUAUGUAUUUUUAAUAAAUGUAUAUCCUAUUUUAUUAAUAGGUCUGUGAUCAGUUUAUGUACAUUUUAAAAUGGAGCAAGAAUUUAUAAAUUUAUUUAUGUAUGUUUAUUCUCUUUCCGUCCAUGUUAUAUUUUGUUUAACUUAUACUUAUUGAAACUAUUUUUGAGUUAUUAAAUAUUUUGACAGUAA